GCAGUAAAUGCUGACUUGCGGGUCCUCGAACGGGAGGCACGUUAGAGACCGUGAUGCAGCAGCCGGCUCCCUUUCAGAGGCGAACAGAGAGAUAUACUCGACCCGCCUCUCGCCACCACCCAACCUGGCAGCGUAGGGCUCCAACGGGGCUGGGAAUUGCAUUUACACUCACACCUGCAUGCACUUGGACUCUGCCCCGUCCAAAGUCAAAGUCGCCCCAGAACCAAAAUGGUCGGCUUCCAGGAGGCCCUUGUCCUGUGCCGCCCCGGGGGAAGCUGUGCUGGGAAGACUGAGGGGCCCGCGGAAGAAGGUUCGGCGGGCUUUAGCACCCCUGCACUCAGGAACUACCAUUCCCGAGAUGCCUUGUGACGGACGCCAACUUUUCUCGCCGCCGGCUCGCGGGAGGGGCAGCCUCUUGCGUCAUCGGUGCGCGAGGCCGCCGUCGCGGAGUGAUGACGUAAGGCCCGGGCCGGCCUGUCAGUCAGAGCGCGGCUGGGUAAGCGCCUGGGGGCCCGCGGGGCCGGCGCAGCCAUGGCGGCGGUGUUUGACCUGGACCUGGAGACGGAGGAAGGCAGCGAGGGCGAGGGCGAGCCAGAGUUCAGCCCCGCGGCCUGUGGGACGCUAUGAGGAGGUGGAGCUGACUGAGAGCAGUGUGAACCCGGGCCCUGAGCGCAUCGGGCCCCACUGCUUUGAGCUGCUGCGUGUGCUGGGCAAGGGGAACUAUGGCAAGGUGUUCCAGGUGCGAAAGGUGCAGGGCACCAAUGUGGGCAGAAUAUAUGCCAUGAAAGUCCUGAGGAAGGCCAAAAUUGUGCGCAACGCCAAGGACACGGCGCACACGCGGGCUGAGCGGAACAUUCUAGAGUCAGUGAAGCACCCCUUCAUUGUCGAACUGGCCUAUGCCUUCCAGACUGGCGGCAAACUCUACCUCAUCCUGGAGUGCCUCAGUGGCGGCGAGCUCUUCACACAUCUGGAGCGAGAGGGCAUCUUCCUGGAAGACACGGCCUGUUUCUACCUGUCAGAGAUCACACUGGCCCUGGGCCAUCUCCACUCCCAAGGCAUCAUCUACCGGGAUCUCAAACCUGAGAACAUCAUGCUCAACAGCCAGGGUCACAUCAAACUGACGGACUUCGGCCUCUGCAAGGAGUCGAUUCACGAGGGUGCCGUCACCCACACCUUCUGCGGCACCAUCGAGUACAUGGCCCCUGAGAUUCUGGUGCGCAGUGGCCACAACCGGGCGGUGGACUGGUGGAGCUUGGGGGCCCUGAUGUACGACAUGCUCACUGGAUCGCCACCCUUCACUGCAGAGAACCGGAAGAAAACCAUGGACAAGAUCAUCAGAGGGAAGCUGGAGCUGCCCGCCUACCUCACCCCGGAUGCCCGGGACCUCGUCAAGAAGUUUCUGAAGCGGAAUCCCAGCCAACGUAUCGGGGGUGGCCCCGGGGACGCCGCUGAUGUGCAGAGGCACCCCUUCUUCCGGCACGUUAAUUGGGACGACCUCCUGGCCCGCCGCGUGGACCCCCCUUUCCGGCCCUCCCUGCAGUCGGAGGAGGACGUGAGCCAGUUUGACUCCCACUUCACGAGGCAGACGCCGGUGGACAGUCCAGACGACACGGCCCUCAGUGAGAGCGCCAACCAGGCCUUCCUGGGCUUCACGUACGUGGCGCCCUCCGUCCUGGACAGCAUCAAGGAGGGCUUCUCCUUCCAGCCCAAGCUGCGCUCCCCCAGGCGCCUCAACAGCAGCCCCUGGACCCCCAUCAGCCCCCUGAAGUUCUCGCCCUUUGAGGGAUUCCGGCCCAGCCCCGGCCCACCAGAGCCCCCGGAGCCCCCUCUACCCCCUCUCCUGCUGCCGCCGCUGCCACCACCACCACCCUCGAGCACUGCCCCCCUCCCCAUCCGACCCCCCUCAGGGACCAAGAAGUCCAAGAAAGGCCGUGGGCGCCCCGGGCGCUAAGAGGGUGGGUGGAGAUGAGGGCAGCGGGACCCCGGGCCAGUUCCAGAGACCUGGGGCUGUGCCUAGGGGUACAGGAGCGAGUGUGUGUGAGUGUGUCUCUGCUGGAGGCGGCCGUGCCCCUGAAUCAUGAACACGAAGGACUGCAGACUACGGCUGCCAGUCGAGGGGGGCUGCCCCCCUGGCCUCCCGCAGUUGAGCUGUGCCCUUGGAUUAUUAAAGUAUUCAAUCAUG